AUGCUCAAGGCGCUCGCACAAGCAUCGGCAACUGGGGUUCGUCCUCUUUCAACUGUCACUGCUCGAGUGCAGCUUCAUCAGGUUAGAAAUGCCACAUAUGCUGCUACAGCACCAACGAUUCUUGAUAUAAAUCUUUCGGAUUUGCCCCGAUCGCCUCGUUCUUUGCCGCAGGAGACUCGAGCUAGAGCCAUCCUUGCCACCGACGGCACCCACUUCACUACGGAAGAGCCUACGCUUUAUAUGAAGAAGAAGGACGGCAAUGAUGGUAGUAAGAAAUCACCUGAGGAGCCAGCCAAGGAAAAGAAGAAGGAGCCUGAGCCAGCAAAAGAUGUUGAGCCCAAUAGACCGAAGGAGUCAGGUCUGGUUGUUGCCGAGGCGACUCUGACCGGAGGUACGUCUUUGGGCGGCAGUAAUGGUGGAGGUAACAACAGCAACAACAACAACAACAAUAACAAUAACAAUAAUGACGACGAUCACAGCAACAAUAUGUCCUCGGUUGUGUCGUACCAAGCUGGAUCUUAUCCACCGCUCUUGGCUAUCGCCAUGAAAGACAAACCACCGCUUCCGGGGCGUCCUUUCUCGAUUAACAUAUCCGACCUAGCGGUCAAGAAGACCAUCAUCGAGAUUUGUGACAGAAGAGAACCGCAUUUCGUCUUAUUUCACAUGAAGGAUCCCGAGGAGCCGGAUACAGAUAUCAUCAAUAAUAGAGACUCCGUAUAUACAAUCGGUGUGCACUGCUACGUGCAACGUUACUACGAAGAUGGGCCUUACUUGCGCAUUCUUGGGUACCCCAUGGAAAGAUGUCGUUUGGAGAAGCUUACGGUACCUUCCGAGGCCUCCCCCACAUCCUCCACAGUGGCUACCGACGGGUCCACUGCGCCCGACCCAGUGGAGGAGGAAGACUUUCCAACCGCAUACCUAAAGACGCUAGGUGUUUCAUAUGCCAAGGUAUCGCAUUGUAAGGACGAGCCUUACGAUCCCAACACGACAGAGUUCAGAGCGCUCAUUGAGGACGUGAAAAACCUGUUGUCAAAGAUGGCUCGUGUAAUCCCAAACAAGAAAGAUACUGUCAGAGACGCCAGCAACUUAUUGUCGUCGCCACACAAGCUUGCCGACUUCAUUGGAUCUACCACCAGUGCAACACCGAAGAAGGUUCAGGAAAUGUUGGAAGAAUUGAACGUCGAGGCAAGGUUGCAGAAAGCUCUUGAAUUGUUUAAAAACGAACUUGAGGCGUACACCAUCGCUGAAAAGACGAUGAAGGAAUUAUCCUCUCGUGCUGACGAAGCUCAAACAAAGCAAAUCGUUAAGGAAUACAUCAAAGGCUUGCAAAAGAACGCGGGCCUUGUUGAGCAAGAGAACUCGAAGACUCGCAAGUUUGAUGAACGCUUAAAGCAUUUGAAGUUGAGUGAAGAAGCAAUGGAGGCCUAUAACAGUGAAAAAGCAAAAAUGGAAAGUCAAAACGAGCAUUCUAGCGAGCUUGCUGUCAGUGAAAGGUAUUUGGAUUGGUUGACAUCGAUUCCCUGGGGUGUUUAUUCGAAGGACCGUUUCGAAGUCAAGUUAGCCAAGGAUAUUUUGGAUCGUGAUCACUAUGGCUUGAAAGAAGUCAAAGAACGUAUCCUAGAGUUCAUCUCUAUGGGUAAGGUUUCCGGAAAGGUUGACGGAAAGAUACUAUGUUUGACUGGUCCUCCAGGUACAGGUAAGACCUCCAUUGCAAAGUCCAUCGCAGAAGCCUUGGACCGCCGUUAUGUCAGAAUUGCCAUGGGGGGUAUUCAGGAUGUGCACGAGGUGAAGGGUCACAGAAGAACAUACAUUGGGUCCAUCCCAGGCCGCAUCAUUUCUGCUUUGAAACUGGCCAAGACGUCGAACCCUUUGAUGUUGAUAGAUGAAAUUGACAAGCUCGACUUGUCUAGAAGUGGUGGUGCUGCUUCAGCAUUUUUGGAAAUUUUGGAUCCAGAGCAAAACAACGCUUUCGUUGACAACUAUAUCGAUGUCAAGGUGGAUCUCUCUAAGGUUUUGUUUGUUUGUACUGCAAACUACUUGGGAAACAUUCCAGCUCCCUUACGAGACAGAAUGGAAAUCAUCGAUGUUUCUGGUUAUACAAACAAUGAAAAGCUUGAGAUUGCUACGAGACAUUUGGUCCCACAAGCUGCCAAGAAAGCUGGUCUCAGCGAGAAGCAUGUGUCCAUUUCUCCUGCGGCUAUCACAAGAUUAAUCGAGAAGUACUGCCGUGAGAGCGGUUUGAGAAAUGUGAAGAAGUUGAUCACUAGAAUUUUCAGCAAGGCAUCUUUAAAAAUUGUUGAAAUGCUAGAGGAAAAAGAGGCGCCAAAGGAGAAGUCAGACGUAGCAGACCCUGCAAAAACGGAGACUGUCCGUGCAGUGCCAAAACCGGAAGAUAGCAAGCAGUUCUCUGAUAACAUUUCACUCUCUGCAAAUGAUGAGCAAGAGGAAGUCAAACCCCUAGAAAUCCCCACUGAUGUUAAGUUGGAGAUAACUCCAGAAGUUUUGAAAGACUAUGUUGGUCCCGAAAUCUAUACUAGGUCGCGUGUGUAUGAUAUUCCUCCACCUGGUGUUGCAACUGGUCUUUCCUAUAGUACUUCUGGUAAUGGAGAUGCUCUUUACAUUGAAUCAAUUUUGACGCACGCCAUAAGCUCUGGUUCUGGCCAUGCUGGUAUGCACGUCACUGGUCAUUUGAAGGAUGUGAUGAAGGAGUCCGCUUCGAUCGCCUACUCUUUCGCUAAGCUGUUCCUUGUUAAAGAGUAUCCAGAGAAUAGAUUCUUCGAGGCCGCUGAUAUACAUGUUCAUUGCCCUGAUGGGGCGAUCCCUAAGGACGGUCCGUCAGCCGGUAUCUCAUUCACCUCAUCAUUAAUCUCCUUGGCAUUGAACAAAGCUUUGCCUCCUACCAUUGCCAUGACAGGUGAGAUCACUCUCACAGGCAAGGUUUUGCCCGUGGGUGGUCUCAGGGAGAAGAUUUUGGGUGCCAAGAGGUACGGCUGUGACACUAUCAUAUUCCCCAAAGACAUAGAGAAUGAAUUAGAGGAAAUUCCCAAGGAGGUUAAGGAAGGCGUGAAGUUUAUUCCAGUUCUGUGGUAUUCUGAGGUAUUUGAUGCCAUCUUCCCCGAUGUUACAAAGGAAGAUUGCAACAAUGUUUGGAAGAAAGAGUUUGAGUUGUUGGACGAAAAGAAGAAGAAGAAAGACAGCAACUAA